CUCUGGCCCCGCCCCCUCCGGGUGCGCCCGCGCGGGGCAUGUCGGGACGGGGGCGGCCCUUCCGGUCUCUGCGCGGCGGCACCACGCGGCGCGGCCAUGGCGGACGGGGACGGCUCCGGCGUGAAGAAGCGGCGGAAGAAGGAGAAGCGGCAGCUCCCCGACGCGGACGUUGCGGACAUCCAGCACACGGAGGAGUUCUUCAUCAAGCCCGAGUCCCGCGUGGCCCAGCUGGACACGUCGCAGUGGCCGCUGCUGCUGAAGAACUUCGACAAGUUAAAUGUGUUGACAGCACACUACACACCCCUUCCUUCUGGUGCUAAUCCCCUGAAGAGAGAGAUAUCCGACUAUGUCAGGUCGGGCUUUAUUAACCUCGACAAACCUUCCAACCCAUCUUCCCAUGAGGUGGUUGCGUGGAUCCGACGCAUCCUUCGAGUGGAGAAGACUGGACACAGUGGCACUCUGGACCCUAAGGUGACUGGGUGCCUGAUUGUGUGCAUUGAGAGGGCGACACGGCUGGUCAAAUCGCAGCAGAGCGCAGGCAAAGAGUAUGUGGGAAUUGUUCGGCUGCACAAUGCAAUUGAAAGUGAGGCCCAGCUGGCCAGGGCGAUAGAAACUCUGACCGGCGCGCUGUUCCAGCGGCCGCCCCUCAUCGCUGCUGUGAAGCGACAGCUGAGAGUCCGAACCAUCUAUGAGAGCAAGCUAGUGGAGUAUGACCCUGAGAGAAGAUUAGGUAUCUUCUGGGUGAGCUGUGAAGCAGGCACAUACAUCCGAACACUCUGUGUUCACCUUGGCUUGCUCCUCGGUGUUGGAGGACAGAUGCAAGAGCUCCGGAGAGUGCGCUCAGGGAUUCUGGGAGAGAAGGACAACAUGGUGACUAUGCAUGAUGUCCUGGAUGCACAAUGGCAGUACGACAACAACAAGGAUGACAGCUACCUGCGAAGAGUUAUCCUGCCGUUAGAGAAGCUGCUGACUUCACACAAGCGGCUCGUUAUGAAAGACAGUGCGGUUAAUGCCAUUUGCUAUGGAGCCAAGAUCAUGUUGCCUGGUGUCCUGAGGUAUGAAGAUGGCAUUGAGCUGAAUCAGGAGAUUGUUGUCAUCACCACAAAAGGAGAAGCCAUAUGCCUAGCGGUUGCCUUGAUGACCACUGCGGUCAUCUCUACCUGUGACCAUGGAAUAGUGGCGAAGAUCAAGAGAGUGAUCAUGGAGAGAGACACAUAUCCCCGCAAAUGGGGCCUCGGUCCCAAGGCCAGCCAGAAGAAGAUGAUGAUCCAGAAGGGUCUGUUGGACAAGCACGGGAAGCCCAACGAGAGCACGCCGGAUUCGUGGAAGAAGGAGUACGUGGAUUACAGGGAUAUCAUCAAGAAAGAGGCAGUAGCAGUCCCCCGAGCUGUCUCAGAGCCAGAGAGGGCUCCAAAAAGGAAACGAGAGUCGGAGAGUGAAAGUGAGGAGGCUGUGACCCCAUCGUCCCCUGCCACCCCACCGCCAGAUGAGCCGAGCAAAAGGGAAAAGAAGAAGCGGAAGAAAGAGAAGAAGGCCAGAGAGGCUGCUGACAGUGGAGGAGAGCCAAUGGAAGUGACCAGCGAGGCCAGCACCAAGAAGAAAAAGAAGAAGAAACAAAAGGAGGUGGAAGAGAGCUCGGAGUAAGCGACUGGAUCUGUCCAAAGCAGGCGACCUCAUCGGUGGGGAGGGAGGAGUCUGAGGCCUUCACGAAAAAGAGGACUGGCCAUCUGGCAGCCGGGCCAGCAAGUUCCAAGCUCCUUUUCCACGGUGUAUAUGAGCGAGACGGUGUGUUUGCCCAGGGUGUGCCCUGUCGAGGUACCUCUCCUCAUCCUGUUUUAAGGGUAGCCAGAGGAGAGGGGUGCCCGCCUGCCUGCCCCGGCACUGGACUGCUCUGUGAAGCUCGACACCUCGAUACCGAUAGACAUGUUAUAUUCAGGGAAGUUGCAGCUCCUGGCUCACGGUGUCUCCAUUUUCACUAUGCGAGAGAGGAAUAAUGCUUUCCCCCUCUCUUGUCCUGCCUCUUUCUUCCUUCUCUUCCAAGGUCAGAGCUGUUACCCGACAGUCGCAGAAUGUGUUAAUGCCCGAGAACUUGCCCAGUCAUUGCCCAUCUGAAUGGGUUUGGCAUGGGAACGGUUGAAUCAGUUAUUUUAAGGGCUCUGGUUUUAAGCUCACCAUGUGCUUGGCUUGACCCUCAGCCAGCAGAGAUCAAAUAUUCCACCAAAGGCUAUUCUUUGGUGCUUUUUUAAGUUUAACAUAAAAUGAUUAGAACACGAAAUUCCUGCUUUUUCGCUUUGUAGUGUGGGGACCUGCUUGUUAGUUGUGCUGUCUGUUCCCCAGACCCAGUGCCCCAGCGAUGCUGCUGGAGCCUACCUCCUGCUGGCUUUUUUCGCCCUUCUGUGCCCAAUUGCUCGGAUGGGACUUCAGUGCUCUCAGCUGCCUUCCCUGUUUUUGGUACCUAAUAUGCUCCAAAGGCAGGAAAUAGGGACGCUGCUGGGGAGCAGGGCAAAGUGCCCAGGCAGCGGUGAGCCCGUAUGCUUCUCUAAAGAGCUGUCAGGACUUGGAGGCCUUCAGGGCUGCAGCUUGGCCAAAGGCAGCUCUGUGAGGGGCACUAGGUGCGAAGCUUCAGUUGUUUUGGAGCGACUUGUCCCAAUUUCCUGUAGCUGGGAUGGCUCACUGGGAGCAGGAGGUCUCCUCUCUCACAGGAGUAGUGCUGAGCUGGGAUUUCAGCGCUUUGGUGGGGAAGGAUCCGGGCUGUUUUGUUCUGAGUCUCUAUCCCUGCAGAGACUGUAGUGUUGUCUUAGCACUGCUUUUGUCUAAUCGUCUUUCCUGGUCUGACUUUUCUCCUCUACCACGCUAGUGAGGGAUGUGGACAGUGGGGCCAGCAGCUGGUGGCUGUCAGAACUGAGCAGAAAAAGUUGAUUUUUAUUUACUCCUUUUUUACGUGAAAAAUAAAACAACCCCUAUUUUUCA